GGCCUCCUUUGACCUCCAUCGCCCGUCGCCGAUCGCCCGUCGCCGAUCGCCCAUCGCUCGCUCGCUGCUGCUCCUUCUGCUACUGCUGCUGCUGCUGUCCCCGGCCAUGUCGAACGCCACCAGCCCCGUCGUUCCCAUCGACCCCUCCAACAUCCAGUGGUUCAUCCACCACUCCUCGUCCCGGCUUGCUCCUCAGUGCGCGACCACUUCGACUUCGGCGGCCGCCACUGUCAGCAACCUUGGCGACUAUGUCCUGGCUCUGAACCGCUGCAGCUGCUUUGCAGCAACCUCUACGACCACCAGUAGCUGCCAGUACUCUGCCAUCCUCACCGGCAACAACACCAUCCUCUCUUACGACUGCGGCAAGGACAUCACCUGCUCCAAGAACUGCACUCUCAUUUCUUCGUACCCAACGACCUCGAACGAUCCAUGCACCUCCAACUACGUCACCGGCCAAUACAGUGUCUUUGACUACACGAGCACCAGCACCUGGGAUGCUGGCUUCAAGACCAAGUACUUUUCCUACUAUACUUUCUCCACCAACGAUGCCACCUGCGCGGCCGCGAACACCGCCAAUCGCACCCCUGUGUACCCCACCUGCACCCAGAUCCUCCCGGGCGUCUACGGCCUGACCAUCCUGAACCCCACCUCGGGCCAGCUGGAGUUCUACGGCUGCGGUGACAGCGCGUGCAACACUUGCCAGCUCGCUUCGGCCGUGAACCCGAGCAAGGCUUGCUCCGUCGAUGCCACGGACUCGGACACUUACUUCACCACCUACCGUGCCGGCGCCAUCCUCAGCGACUCCACCAUCACCCUUCCGUCGACCUUCCCCAACCAAACCAAGCCCACGACUGGGCCGACUCCCAGUUCCACUCCCAGCCCUUCGGACAAUGGUGGCUCAAACGCCGGUCUCAUCGGCGGCAUCGUUGCGGGUGUUGUUGUCCUCGUCGCUGCUGUCGGUGGCUUCAUCUGGUUCCGCCGCUCCAAGAGCAUCAGCAGCCAGUCCAAGCCGCAAGGCCCUCCCGCCGCUCCCCAUACCGAGGUUGUCAAGCCCGUCCCUCCUCCGGUCUUUGAGGGCAACCCCCAACUCGAUUAUGGAUUGCCCGCCUCCCAAGUCGCCUACAGCCAGCCCGCCUACAGCCGGCCCGCCUACGGUCAACCUGCCUACAGCCAACCUGCCUACAGCCAACCCACCUACAGCCAGCCUACUUAUAGCCAGCCUACUUAUAGCCAGGGCUCUGCUAGUUAUGCUCAGGACCCUCGCGCCUCGUUUGCUCCUGUCUACCCUCCUGGUUCCUCGCAGCCCUACGCUCAAUCUUCCACCGGCUAUGCGGCCUCGUCUGCCUCGAACGAAAAGGCCGGCAUUAGCGGCUAUUCCUCUGGAACUCCUCAGCACUAUGGUGGCUACCAGGUCCCCGCUCCCGCCCCCGCCCAGAGCUCGGGCUACAGCGGAUCGGUCGGAACGGCCACGUCCCACGGCCAGUCGCAGACAGCCGUCAAGCAUGUUGCUGUGGCCGCCUUUGACACCAAGAACCCGCAGCAGAUCAACUUGCACCUUGGCGACGUUAUCUUGGUCCAGCUGCCCUUUGUCGAUGGAUUCGCUCAGGGCUUCAACCAAAGCACGGGCCUGUCUGGUCUGGUUCCUCAAAACAGCCUCCGAGUUAUGGGCGAGAACUACACCUCGGCCCCCGCCGCUGCUGCUGGCGACAGCCUCCCCAGCUAUGCUCCUUGAGCUGGUUCAAGAAACCAGUUGUUCUCCUAUUGCCUUGCCCUGCCUUGCUUUGCCUUGCCUUGCCACUCUGCGACCCUUUCCACUUUCUGUCAUUCCCUAACUUUGUCUUUGCCCUUUCCCGCGGGUUCCUCGCUGAGUCAAGUCCUCAGGGGUGGGUUACUCGGCUUGUUUUGCCAGCUUCGACAAGGAAUGUCUGGUCAGAGUGCUCCUUUGGCUUUUCGCUUGGUUUCGAAGCUCUGGCCUCUUCUAUAGUCCGAUCUCUCUCUCCCUUGCUCUAUUUUCUUCUUCGUGCCUUGGUGUCGACAUUUUUUUUACCGUGCCGGGAUGCCACUGCUCUCCGUUUUUCAGCCGUCAGUGACCUGGCACACAAUACACCCGUCCAUAACGUCACAAGGCCAAUCCCCCGCCGGAAUGGAAACAGAG